CAGAGCUACAGGGUCUCUCUACAGUUGAAGGCGAUUAGAUGACGCUUGGUUUCGCAGAUUAAACAUUUAGAAAGGCCGGGAAAAAAAAGCUAGAAGCAUGCAUACCCGAUAGGUUGGGUAUUUAACCCAAGUCAGUAAUCUGCGGGUUUAGGUAUGAAGUGGGUGCACAAGCGGGAAAAAGUGUAUUCAGCGGAGGCACGUCUCUUCGAUUAUUGCUCCCGUCCAAGCUUGCUUUUAGAGUCUGGAUGGUCAAAAUUUCACUCUUGCUAUUUUAGGAAAGCUAUCGGGCCCCAUAUUGCAAAGGCUCAGCUGUAUUUCACUUCUUUCUACAACGUACACCAUGGGUCGGAUAAGCAGUCGAUCAUGUCCCAGGUACGAAAAGCACCCCCACCAGUUUCGUAUAGCACGCGCGUCUGGGUCAGUUCUGCAUAAGCUGUUCCCUUGUGCGUGACUGAAAAUUUCUUAAAAAUAGAGUGGCUGACUCUAGUUGCUCGUGGGUAGUGUUAUCAAAACUACAGAGAAUAGAUCCACUAGACGAGGGUUCCGAUCUUGCCACCCAUAAAAUCUACC